GGAAACUGUUUCUUCUGCUAUUUCUUCUUCCCGUCUCUCUUUUCUCCUUCUCGCUCGGAUCAUAUAUUUUCUCACAAACCCUAAAUUUUUAUUUCAAUUUUUUGUUUGAAAAGAUUUAGGAGAUAAAAAAAAAGGGAAUUAAUUUAAUUCGUGGUCAUGAGUACUGGAGAUCUUCUUAGCAUUCAGCCCACAGAGCUCAAAUUCCCAUUUGAAGUGAAGAAGCAGAGCUCAUGUUCCUUGCAAUUGACCAACAAAACAGAUAAAUAUGUGGCGUUCAAGGUUAAAACAACCAAUCCAAAAAAAUACUGCGUCCGGCCCAAUGCCGGAAUUGUUUUGCCCGGAACAACAUGUGAUGUUACAGUUACAAUGCAAGCACAAAAGGAGGCACCCCCAGAUAUGCAGUGCAAGGACAAAUUUCUCCUUCAAAGUGUUGUUGCACCAGAUGGUGUAACUCCGAAAGACAUAACGCCUGAAAUGUUCAACAAGGAGGAUGGUAAAGUUGUGGGAGAGUUCAAAUUGCGGGUAGUCUACUUUCCUGCGAAUCCCCCAUCACCUGUUCCUGAAGGAUCUGACGAAGGCUCUUCUCCCAGGGCUUCAGUGCUUGAUAAUGGGAAUCAAAACACUUCCUUGUUUGAUGCUGUAUCAAGAUCUCUUGAGGAACCGAAAGAGAAGUCAUCAGAGGCAUGGUCCAUGAUUUCCAAGUUGACUGAGGAGAAGACCUCUGCUUUGCAACAAAGUCAGAAACUACAUCGUGAACUGGACCUGUUGAGAAAAGAACUAAGCAAAAACGGCGGGGGUGGAUUUUCAUUAUUGUUUGUGGUGCUCUUUGGUCUUUUGGGCAUCUUGGUUGGUUACUUCAUCAGGAAAACAUAGAAGCUGAAGUGAAGGCUGUUUGUCAAUUAAUUAGUUGGAUUCCGGCAUAAUUCUGUGGUGCUCCACAAUUUUCAACAUUUUAGGGACUCUCUUACUCUUAUUGUAAAAAUUUAGUCUUUGAUUAAUUGACACUCUGUUUUGAGCAAAUAUUUUUUUUGUAACAUAACCUAUGUUAUUGGACAGAUGGGCUCAAUGAACCCAUGUAAACAUAACAUAUGUUAUUGGAUUGGUUUAGCAGCAUUAAGUCUUUUUCUCCA